AUGGAAGACAAAUAUAUCGGUUUAGGACUAGCAAUGUCCUCGUCCUUGGCUAUCGGGACCUCGUUUAUCAUCACCAAAAAGGGCCUUAUGGACGCUCAAAAUCAAGGGUUCGAAGGUAAAGGGCAUGAAUAUCUUAAAAAUCCAAUCUGGUGGGCGGGGAUCGCUACUAUGGCCGUUGGGGAAGUUGCCAACUUUGCAGCUUAUACUUUUGCUCCAGCAAUUUUGGUCACUCCUCUAGGCGCAUUGUCAGUUAUCAUUGGGGCAAUUUUGGCCGCAAUUUUUUUGAAAGAAGAAUUAGGAACUUUGGGGAAAAUGGGUUGUGCUAUUUGUAUUUUAGGAUCGGUCAUUAUUGUUUUACAUGCGCCACCAGACAAAGAAAUUGAAACCGUUGAUGAGAUAUUGGAUUAUGCUCUUAAACCCGGCUUCAUCAGUUAUUGUCUCGCGGUUGCUAUAUUUGCAACAUUUAUGAUUUAUAAAGUGGCUCCAAAAUACGGUAAUAAGAAUCCUGUCAUUUAUGUCUCUAUUUGCUCUACUGUCGGUUCAAUUUCUGUCAUGUCCAUCAAAGCAUUUGGUAUUGCCUUGAAAUUGACAUUUGCUGGAAACAACCAAUUCACCCAUUUGUCAACUUACUUUUUCAUUUUUGUGGUGGUUUUCUGUAUCUUGACCCAGAUGAAUUACUUCAAUAAAGCUUUGGAUCAGUUCGACACCUCUAUCGUUAACCCAUUAUAUUACGUGUCAUUUACAACUGCCACAUUAGUUGCUUCAUUUAUCUUGUUUAGAGGUUUCAAUACCGCCUCCUCCAUCAACAUUAUCUCUCUUAUUUGUGGGUUUAUUAUUAUCUUUAUGGGGGUUUAUUUGUUGAACAUUUCCAGAAAACACUCCAAUGAUGAUUUGCUCCCAAUCAAUUCUAGUGAUGGCCCUGAGAGAUUGUUUGGUAGCGGUAAGAACAUUGAAGAUAUUCCUUUGGACAAUGCUGUGGGCGCAGGCGUCUCUAUCAGAAGAUCCUUACAAUUACAUAGAAGAGUGGGCUCUAACAGCCAUAGUCUCUUCAGCUUGGACAACGAGGAAGCUAUGGGGUUGACUACGUUGAAUGAGGAAGAAGAUGAUGAUUUGCUUCGUCAUCCUCAAUGA